UGUCCUUUAUUUCUGUUUGGAUGGCGAUUGUUUUUUUUUUUCUUGCGCAUUCUUGUGGCGCAUACCCGGAAGUAAAUAGUGUCGCGAUGGACAGUGCGGUUCGUGUGCUGGUGUCAAGUGUCGCCCUCAAGCCGGAUUACAUCCACGACGGAGGAGCAUGACCACUGCACAUUCCGCCCACUCUAAAUAUAUCUGUUAAGGGCAGUGGAGGAAGUGGGGUAGGGGUUAUUUUUAGCCAUUAUCACCGUUGCAUGUCGGUCGGAGAAGAGGUCCAAACAAAAACAUGCCCGGAACAAGCGUGAGACCCAGAGCUCGGGAACGCAACAGCGUCCUGAACAGACCCGAGUUCAUGUCGCUCAAUCAGCCGAUGAGAGGCGGGGGCCCCCCGGAGAUCCGCGGCGGCGGAGCAGGAGCGGGCGCAGGUGGAGGGGGACCAAGGCGCUCCGGCUCCGUCCGAAGCCAGGCGAGCGAGGAAACCGGCGACGGCGCGCCCAAGGCGGACGGCGGCAAGCGCGGCGAGCCGGGCCAGCAGCGGCUGCCGGAGGAGGACUGCAUGCAGCUCAACCCGUCGUUCAAGGGCAUCGCCAAGAGCUCGCUGCUCGCCAUCGACAUCAGCCUCUCCAAGCGCAUGAGCGUCUGCGCCUACACGUGGUCGUCGUGGGGCGGCUGCCGCUCCAUGUUCAACCUGCUGGCGCUCACCGGACACGGCCUUACCUGGAUCAUCGGCACCGUCGUGUGCCUCACGCGCAGCAACACCCUGGCCGGUCAGGAGGUGCUCGUCAACCUGCUGCUGGCGCUGAUCGUGGAUGUGCUGACGGUGGCGGGCGUGCAGCGCCUGGUGAAGCGCAAAGGACCGUGGGAGAUGUCGCCGGGCUUCCUGGACCGCGUGGUCAUGGACGCGUACGCCUUCCCGGCGGCGCACGCCAGCCGCGCCGCCAUGGUGUCCAAGUUCCUGCUGUCGCACUUGGUUCUGGCCGUGCCCCUGCGCAUCCUGCUGGUGCUGUGGGCCGUCCUGGUUGGGGUGUCGCGCGUGCUGCUUGGCAGGCACCAUCUGACGGACGUGCUGUGCGGCUUCGCCCUGGGCCUCUUCCACUUCGGCCUCAUGGAGACGGUGUGGCUGUCCUCCAACACUUGUCAGACUCUCAUCUCUAUUGGGACCCUCAGCUGGAGCCCCUUCUCCUGACUGCGCUGCUGCGCUAUAGGACUUCACCGGUUGCAGUUGACACAUUCUCAAUGCAGGUUUGCAUGAAAGGCCUUAAAUAGACGCGUACUGUUGCUGUCAUUUCACACGGGAUUUUUUUUUCUUAACCCUCUAAAGCAGUAUUUUUUUUAACCUGUUCAACACAUUUUUACUACAACUUUUUGAUCCGAGCUACAAUUAAACCUUUCUAGCUGAUUUUUUUUUUUUUGGUGCUGAUUCUAUAUUUGCCCUUGUUUCUUUUCUAUAGCACAUCAGGUUUCCAUAAUACUAUAAUAACAAUAUCAUAUGUCAUAUAGGAAUAUAUUUAGUAGUACUUAUGAAGUGAUUAUUUUCCUCUCAAUUAUGUGAGGACCUUUUGCGAGAAAAGUUGCCAAUUUAUUGCCAUAAAAUUAUGACUUUAAAAUGUCGCCUUAUUUUCCUCCUUGUAAUGAGGUUCAGAUUUACUUUUAUUCAGUCUGCCUCCAAUAUUCCUGUAUUAUUUAUAAAACACACAAUCUGCUCUCUGAAUCUCUUACAAUCUUCUUCUCUCAUUCAUAUUUUUUCUUUAAUUUUAUUCAUGUUCCUUACUUUCAGUGUUAUUUGGCAAUUGUGUUCAUGGACUAAAGGGCUGAGCCGUAAAAAA